AUUCCCUUUUCUGUAUACCAUUUUCAGCUAAUUCGUAUCUGCUUAUUAUGUUCUUGGUGAAAUAAUAUUAUCACAUUCACACACUAACAUUCGAUUUUCAGCUUUCUCUUAUCUAUGAUUUUUUCUUGGACCAUGUCGAUAAUUAUCAAGAUCCUUUCCUAGGUAGAGAGAGAGAGAGAGAGAGAGAAAGAGAGUUUAUAGAUAGGGAGGCAAUAGCUUCUUCUCUUGCUUUAAUGGGAGUAUUUACAUAAGUACUUUUAAUUUCUAGGGUUUGUAGAGUGGGAUGUGUGUGUUUACACUUUCCACUUAUCACUCUCUCGAAUUCCUUUAUAAAAAUUGGUAGAGUUUUGUGUCUAUUUCAAGAGUGUUUGCUGAAUAAUUAAUUAAAUAAAUAAUUAGAAAUAAUGGUGAGGGGGAAGGUGCAAAUGAAACGAAUUGAGAAUGCAUCAAGCAGGCAGGUGACCUUCUCAAAGCGUCGAAAUGGGCUGUUGAAGAAGGCGUAUGAGCUCUCUGUUCUCUGCGACGCCGAUGUUGCUUUGAUCAUCUUCUCUUCUAAAGGAAGGCUCUAUGAAUUCUCCAGCUCCAACAUGCAGAAAUCAAUUGAGAAAUAUUUGGAAGUUACAAAAGAUCGUAUUUCAGGCGUGGAACUGGAACAGAACAUGCAGCGCUUAAAGCACGAAGCAGUAUUCAUGUCGAAGAAGAUAGAGCUACUCGAGAAUUCCAAACGGAAUCUUUUAGGACAUAAUCUUGGGUCGUGCUCCAUGGAUGAACUCGAACAAAUCGAGAACCGGCUCGAAAGAAGCAUUAAUAGCAUAAGGGCCAGAAAGGUUCAAUUAUACAAUGAGGAAACAGAAAAGUUGAUAUCAAAGGAGAAGUUUUUAUUAGACGAGAACCAAAAGCUCAGGCAAAAGAUUGGAUUGAAGAAAAAUCAGACAUCAGAAAUGCAUAGAGAAAUUGGGAGUUGCAGUAGAAGCAAAGAGAGGUCGGAGGCGGUGACGACUGAAUUAUUUAUUGGCCUACCAACUCCCUGCAGGAAUAUUGUCUCUUGAUACUAUUAAUCACUACCCACUUACUAGUAUUUAUUAAAUCUAGAUAAUUACCUCUUCUUAACAAAUAAAUCUAAUUAAUAAUUAGUCAUUUAUUAGCUCCCUCAUAUACUAGGGCUAACUCACUAAACUUGGGCUGGCCUUUUACAUUACUGGAGUUCUUACCUUUCUAAAAUAAAGAAAAAAAAAAGACCAAGAAAAUCGGUAUAUUUUAUUUUGUUUUGCAUUGUUUGAAACUUCAACAGCUUAAUUUAAUUAGUACGGUAAUUACAUUGUUGUA